GCCCAAGCUUCCAAACAUCUCCCAAGUUUCUGCUAUAUCAGUUAAUAAUUAUAUAUUUUUGAGAGAGAGGGGUAAUCGAUCUUAAAAAUAAGAAUGGUGGAGAAGGAUUUGUUAGGCGGAGCAGCUGUGGGUGCUUUAUUGGCACAGUUGCUGAAUGAGGUUAUGAAAUUGAUUGAAAAAGCCGUUCAUUUCAAACCUGAGCUUGAAGGACUCAAAUCACAGGUUGGGUUUUUAAUGCGAUUAAUGGAUCAGGUGGAUGAGCUUGGUGAGGAUUUCAAGCUUCGGUAUUUUGAUCAAACCUUGAAGUUGAAGAUACUCAUAAAUAAAGGUAAGCAACUUAUUGAAGAAUGCAAUGAUGUUGCCAUACAAAGUACUCUCUCCAGGUACUCCAAGAUCCCACGUUACACAAAAAAGCUUCGAAAAUUGGAUGCUGAACUUAAAAGCGCUCAAAGCAAUUUGAUGUUGGCAUUAAGUGUACAACAAUUACUAGCUUUGGAAAGAAAUUAUAAUAAUAAUGGCCGAACCCAAAUCCUCGAUAAACGACCAUUUAGGAGCGAGGGUGGGAGUACUAAUAAUGAAUAUAAAAUCAAGCUGCCCUUGCUGUUUUAUCACGACAAGAGACUCAAAGGGAAAGCCGGUGCAAAUUUUGUUGAUGCUUUUGUUGGAAGAGCAGUAGAACACAUUAAGGACGACCCAAAGGAAGGGAUUGAGGGAAGAAUUGAAGAGAAGAUAAAGAAGUGGGGGGAAGGUAGAUUUGAGAAGAUAUUUCAUCGCACAUUUGAAACAACUAUUGUAGCAGCCGAAGAAAAACUUCAUAUAUGGUUUGCUUGUAAUUUGUCAACUACAAGAGAGAAAGGUGAAAAUAUUGAAACAGUAGCAGUAGCUGGUGUUUUAUUUGUAUCUUCAGCAAAGCUUGCAUUCUGCAGUCUCAAACCUACUCCACAAUAUCUCAAGGUAGUUAUGCCAUUUGAGUUACUAAAAGGCUUUAAGUUUGAUGAAGAUCAAAAAUACAUACGAGUCAUCGCCAUUGAUGACCAGAAAUUUGAGUUCAUGAAUUUCCGGAACUACAAUGUCGCUAAAGAAGGCAUCCAACACAUUCCAAUUGCUCGCUAGCUCUACAAACUUUCUCUGCAUGCCUUUAUUCUUGGGUUGAAAAACUUCAAGAGAAUUUAUGAGCAUCUUUGUCACUUUGAAAUUUCAAGAGAUUGUGACUAUGUUCAUGUCCUGAUAUUUCAAAAGAGACUUAUUCCAUAUAUAUGUUUGUUUUUCUCUGUAUAAUUAAUUUUAGGAGGUAUGUGAUUAUGUUUCUAUCCUGAAAUUUUAAGAGGUUUAUCAAUAAUGUUUGCAUCUUGGAAUUUUAAGAGAUUUAUAUAUGAAGAUGUUUGUGAUUGUUAAA